AUGUUUGUUAAUAAUGUGAAAAAGGAACAUAUCUUGAUUAAACAUCUCUUUAAUGUCAAAAAUGUCCGGAUGGUUGUAUUGAUUGCACUUCAUCAAAUGAAUGUUAAUCUUGUAAAAGUGGAUAUUAUCUUCCUUCUCCAAAUAAAGUUUGUAAUUAAUGUUAAGAAGGAUGUGCAAAUUGCAAUAAUGAUUAAGCAGGAACAUGUUCUAAAUGUUUGGAUUAUUAUACACUUAAAAACAAUCAAUGUUAAUCUUGUUUAAAAAAUUGUAUUUAAUGCAACUAGUUUGGUUUGUGCAUUUAAUGUGAUGCUGGGUAUAUAAGUUAAUAUAAUUAAUGUGUAUAAUGUAGUUAAAAUUGUUCUAUUUGUUCUUAAACUAAAAAUUAAUGUGAGUAAUGUAUUUAAGGUUAUUAUUUGGAUGCAAGUUCUUCGACAUGUACUAAAUGUAAGAACUCUAAAUGCUAAAAGUGCAAGUCUUCAAAUAGUAACUAGUGCAUUAGUUGUAAUUAAGGAUAUCAACUAAUUGGUAACAACUGCAUUAAUUGUUAAGGAGUUGAAGGUAGCAGCUCAUAUCCAUUAGGGGUUUGCAUUAAGUGCGGAACUGUUGAUAAUACUUGUGAUCAAUGUGCACCAGGAUAUUAUCAAGAUCCAAUAUCUAAAUUUUGUUCAAAAUGCCCUACCAGCUGUGCUAAUUGCAUUUCAAACCAGGUUUGUAUCACUUGUAAGAUGGGAUUUUAUUUUUAGUAAAACAAAUGUAUACCUUGCCCUCCUAACUGCAUAAGUUGCAAUUCGAAAACUGACUGCAAGCAGUGUAUAAAUGGGAUGUAUUUCAAAGGAAAUAGAUGUACACCUUGUACUGAUUAUUGUCAAAAAUGCUAAGGAAGUGUUUGUCUUAAGUGUAUUCCAGGUUAUAUUCUAAAUGGGGAAACUUGUAGAAUUUGCACAGAAGAUGUUUGCACUUGUGAUUUAAAACAUAUUUAUGAUAAAAUUGAAGUAUAUCUAAAUUAUUAAUCUAUUUUGA